ACGGCGGCAAACUCAAACUCCUUCGCCGCGGAAGUAAACAAAUGUCAUGGCGAAAUAAGUCCAUGGGGUGGUGGUUGUUCGGUUUUUGUGUGGGAUAAUUUGACACUCUGUGGUGAAAAUGGACCCGACAGCACAGUUCUUCUCCAAGCUGAAGAAGCUAGCGCGGAGCCUGGAGACGGAGACCGCCAGGCUGCAGGUCGCCUACCAAAGCCGGAGGGAGGCCGGCAGUCCCGAAAAAUCCGACAGAGCCAUGCGAGCCCUCUACGACAUGAGCUCUGAGGUCGGGGAUCUCAAGGUGCAGCUCCAGGAUCAGCUGGCCCGACAGAGAGCAAAGGAGGACGAGAUGAGCUGCUUCAUCAAAGCCUGCGUGGUGAUGGAGCAAAGGCUGACUGACGACAUCCAGAGGCUGAGAGGACACUGGCAGAAAUACGGCUACCAGCCUCCUGAGGAGCCCCACCCAGCAGCCGAGGUCAAAGGAGAUGAAGGAGCAGAGGAGGAGGAAGAGGCUGAGGUGGCGGGAGGAGACGAGGGGAGGCAGGAGGGGGAGGCAGGAGCAGACCUCCCUCUGGACUCGCCCACCACGGUGGGACCUCCGCCCUCCGCAGACCCCAUGAGAACCCCGCAGCUUUCCGAUUUCGGCCUGUCCGAGCUGCAUCUGAAGCGGCUGCUGGGCGGAGCGGCGCUGAUCUCCGAGGCCCCUCCCACGCCGGAGAUGAGCCUCCCUUUGCCCGCCACGCCGCCCAUGCCCGUCACGCCCAAGUGCGUGCUGCGUAUGGACGAGGACGACGAGCUGCAGACGCCCAAACUACUCGACUUUGGGAUAUCGGAACACACCAUGUGCUUCAACAACGAUUUCACCAUGGAUCUGCAUCGAAAGAACGCCGAAAAGAUCCAGAGACCAGCGCCGAGCCUCUCGUUAGCCCCAGGGAACUCUGGAAUGGAGAGCUGGCAGACACGAGCAGACAGCUUGGAGACACCUGAGCCACCUGUGCUGUGCAGCUCAGGGUUUAAUAUCACCAAGUCAAACACCCGCUUCUCUCCACCACCACCAGGGGGCGACGACCCACAAUCCCCUGUUCACCCUGCCGCCCUGCCCACCAGCCCCGAGGUCCCGGCUUUUGAAACGCCGUACGUCAAGAGACUGUUCAGCACCAGGAAGGGUGGAGAGCCUGAGCCUGCCCAAACCCAAGAUGAAAACCUGACCUUUGACCUCGCAUCACCUUGUAAUCCAGCGGCCGACUCCCAACAGACGAGGGACCAUGAGCCGUCGCUCAGAGGAGUCGAGGUCAUGGAGAUGCCUGAGAUGCCCAGCCUGGAGUCAGAUUUUGGGCUCUCUUUGCAAAACAGUGCAGGAGUGACUAAGAAGCUCGGGGAGGGUGAAGCAGAGGCGAUGGAGCCCUGCGUCCCGGGUGAGGAGCUGGACGGACCCACACAGGAGUUCAGGCUGAGGACGCCCCGGGUCAGACGGUGCUACCAAGAAGCCAGCACCCCGGAGAUGCCAGAGCUCAGCUCGGUCACACAGGACAUCUGUAAACUUCUGUCCCAGACUCAGCUCAAGAAGGCCGCUGUGGCAGUGGUGCAGCCUCGGGCCAGGCCAGAGGACAAAGAAAACAGAGCCCAGAGUCUGCCUGUGGUGUCGCAGAGUGAGUUCCACAGUCUGCCCAGGUACCUGAGGCUGAUGACUCUGUCCAGCCUCAACCAGGCCGUCCACAAGAUCAACCACGCCGUCGCAGACAAGAGCCACGGAGAAGAGGUGGAGUUUCAGACGGACGAGCUGAAGCAGAUCACCGGCCUGGGAACCAAGGCUCCCAUUUACUUCCUGUGUCUGACUGAGCUGCAGAGACUGGAGCUGGUGGGCGGCGUGGGCGUCAGCUCUGUGUACAAAGUCGCUUCUCACAACUGAGCCGGAACCAAACAGGCUGCUUCUGAUGUUACCCAGACUCACAAAAACCCCCUGGACCGCUGACUCUGAGAUUAAGAAACACUCUGCAUCAUCACUUGAAGGGAAGCUACUUUUCCAUCAGGCAUAUGCUAGUAUUGAGAUGUUUGAUAACAAUAUUUUGUCUUCUUUUCUCUUGUGAUAUAGUUUUAAAACAUGAUGCUUCCUCUGAUAAUUAAGGAAAUUAAAAAAAAAAACCUGAGCAGGUGGUCAUUCUUGAGAGGGACUCGUCACCUCUCUGCAUGUGCAGCGUGGGAUGGGGUCACGAGCAGGUUUGUUCCUAUGAGUAGCAUUUCCUGUUAGCUUAGCAUAAACACUUGAAGUCUAUGGGAGUUGUUAGCUGCUGGAAGGGUUAUUUUCUCAUUUUGACAGAGCCAGGCUCUGAAGCUGUCUGAUUUAUUACAAACACUAUGAUACUUGCAUUGGACGGCUGUGUUCAGUUUGUCUGUGGACACUGUAUAUUAAAUAAAUAAAUUAAUUAAUAAAGCA